GAUUUAUGGUGUGAGUUAAAGGUUACGCAUUGGAGUAAAGAUUUGACCAACAGUCAGAAGUGAGAGUAGCGUUGUCACGUGACAAUAAUGCUCACUUCCUGGAACUUUACAAUGUAAAGUGGUAUUUUUUCGGUGUUUAUAUCGGCGAAGAGAAGUGAAACAUCUGGCGGAAAUAGUUAAGGUUACAAGUCAGGUGAAUAGGAGCACGAGUUGAAGGUAUAAAUUAAAAAUGGUUUUCAAGAAAUCCCAGUACACACAUGACUACAAAGUGCCCCAUUGGAAUCGUCAUUAUAAUCACUAUAAGGAAAAGGUAGACUACAGAGUUCAGAGAAGAGUAUUGGAAUAUCAACAUGAACCAUUUGAAUGGCAGGACCCUGACUCUGACUGGGAACAUGAACUUGAGGAUGACAGAAUGUCAGAUUCAGCAUAUGAUGGUGGCACUCAACUUGAAAGAUGUGAGAAAUUGCACCGGCACCGUGAACGAGAAGUACAAACACCAGCAUGGGAGAAGAGAGAUGAUAUUCAGAUUGAAAAGAAUAACAAUUUGAAUAAUUCAAAUGCAUAUCAAGUGCCCCCUUUACCUGCAUCCGCCCUUGAAAGAAAUGAUAAGCCGAUACGUCCAAAGAAACCAAGACCAAAGUCAGCAAAAGCUACAGUAGGGGGAGCUGAGAAGUCUGCAAUAAGACCACCAUUUCUACCAUAUGGGUAUAUGGACAAGGAGAGACAUGUUGGAACACAGAGAACACACAAUGUGAAGGCCACUGUUGCAGAUGUAAGUAAAAUGUCAUCAACACCUGUGAUUUGCAACAUGUAA